CAUAAUGCAAACCGUGGCCUCUUGAAAACCGCCCUAAGCUUUUAACAAAUGACCAGCGCAGUCUUGUCGCUGUAAUCCGUUCUGCUAGCUGUGUAUUGAUUCCUUUGAGUAGAAAGUUUAUCCUCUAAGACAAAGCCACAGGUCUGCGGAAGGAAGUCAUAACAUUUGCCGCGGCCGCGUGUCACAUAGACGGAGAAUGGAAUCGAACCCAGGAACGCUACCACCGGUAGCAGGUGCAACAGACGCGAAUGGAGACCCCUUGACAACUGAGCGAGUGGCGAGCGGGCGCAGCGCAAGCACAUCAAUACGGAGAGGGCCCCGCGCUAGUGAACGCGCAGGCGCCAUAUACACUGACUUUGCGAAAGACGACGGCAGGCUCGACGUGUCUUCGCUUGAAGCGUUGUUGACAGCCCUUGACAUAUCGUGCGCCCCCGACACGUACAAGCGGCUCGUCGCUAGUGUGGCGGGGCCUAGUGCGGGGAGCAUAACGAAAGACCAGACGCUGGCUGUGGUGGGCAUGCUCACGGCGGACCCCAACCAGGUGUUGGCGGGCGGGCCCUCGGGGCUGUCCCGGGUGGACUCGGCGUCAGGUCCGGGCACGCCGUCAGGGGCGGGCGGCGGCGGGGCCAGCUUUGCCGCCCUGGAGCGGGAGGCCAGCACCAGCAGCCCGGCCAAGCCCUUCCGCCGCCUCAUCACUAAGAACCGGGCGUACCUGGAGACCGGCUCGCUGCAUGUGGACGAGGCGGUGGUGGCCUACAUGGCCAAACUGGAGGAGCACCGGCGGCGCUGCGAGGCGGAGGGCAGGUACCAGGAGGCCAAGGUGGCCACGAAGCGGCUGGCGGACCUGCGCACGGCGCAGGUUGAGAAGCUGCGCCAGGAGCUGGCCGCCAACCAGACUCGGGAGCUCGAGGAGGUGCAGGGCGUGUACGAGGAGGAGACGGCCAAGUUCCACCACAUAUGGGACGGCCGCAUGCGCGAUUACGCAGCAAACCUGGCCAAGGCCACGGAGGACCUGAGGGCCUCGCACACGUCGCAGCUGGCGGCCUUUGUGGAGGAGCUGCAGAAGAAGCGGCCCACCCGCGCCCGGCCCAGCCGCGAUUACCUGCUGCAGCGCGAGAUGCAGGACAAGCUGGCCAAGUCGCAGCAGUACAGCCGCGCCACCAAGGUCAAGACCAUGGCGGACGAGCUGUACCAGGCGGAGCUGGAGACGACGGUGGCGGCCUGGGAGGCCGAGUCGAAGCUCAAAAUCGCCAAGCUGCAGGCGAAGCAGCAGACCGAGUUUGAGGCGCUGCUGCAGCGGGGAACCAAGGGCCGCGACGAGCUGGAGCUGAAGCGGGUGGCGGAGACGGAGCGGCGCACACUGAGGUUCCGGAACAUCGUGUCAGAGCUGGAGCAGCUGCACAAGGUGGAGAUGGCGCACCUGGAGAACUUCCUGGACGGCCAGGUGCUCGCGGGCAAGGCCACCCCGCUGCGGGACCCGGGGGCGUUCAGGAGGAAGCGCGAGCAGCUGUUCAGCCUGGCCAUCUAGCAGCCGUGUGUGGGCUGCGGAGGCGUCAAGGAGCAGCGCUGGCAGAUGGAAGGAAGGGGCUAGCGUUGCUUCUUUGUGCGCUGUUGGUAAAGGCGGAGGCGGUCGGAGGCGAAUGCCCGCUUGUGGAUGAGGGCCGGCUUUCGCCUGCUGCCGGCCCCGCGCUUCUCAUUGAGCACGACAUGUUUGUGGUGUGCAACAGACCACACGAACUGGGUAUUUUGGUACUGCUCGACGCGCUGUUGUUGGGGGUGCAAACUGGCUUGCAUAGGUAGGCAUGGGAUUGUCGCUGAAACACGCGCGUGUGUUUGAGAACUCUGCUGCGGUGCUGCCUGUCGGGCGGACGGCUGGCUACGAUAGUCACUGUCGUAGAUGAUGACUGAGACUCUGCAAAGGCGAUACUGAGAGAGAGCCUCGGACAGGGGCACCCCUGGCCUCGGAUGCCUCCGGUUGGCUGGACACUGGCAGUCCGCUGGCGAGCAUGAGCGGUGAAGAU